AUGCCCACUGGCCACCCUCAUGCCGGUGCCCAGGGGCACAGCAGGAGGGAACAGGACAUAUUUCCCCUUCUUCUCGGACUUCAGGGGCCACAAUGUGACGGCCCUGCGCAUCGGCGAGUCAUCUGCCCUGGCCUUCGUCUUCCUGCUGUCGUUGGCGGGAAACAUCUGGGGCAUCUGCCUGCUGGUGAGGCGGCACCGCCGGCUCUGCGCCGCCAACUGCCUCGUCCUCAACCUCUUCUGCGCCGACCUGCUCUUCAUCACCGCCAUGCCCUUCAUCGCCGUCGUGCGCUGGACCGAGUCCUGGGUGCUGGGCAACGUCGUCUGCCACCUGCUCUUCUAUGUGGUGAGCCUGAGCGGCACCGUCAUCAUCCUCUCCCUGUCGGCCGUCAGCCUGGAGCGCGUCGUCAGCAUCGCCCGGCUGCGCCACGCCGCCUUUCUCCGCCGCAAGGUGCUGGUCGCCGCCUUGCUCCUCAUCUGGGGCUUCGCCGCCCUCGCCACCCUCCCGCUCUGCUGCUUCUUCACCGUGGUGCGGCUGCCCGGCCCCGCCGGCCAGGACAUUCACAUUUGCACUCUGGAUUGGCCCAGCACUGCCGGAGAAACAGUCUGGGAUACAACCUUUGCCAUUGUUUUCUUUCUGAUACCAGGAUUCGUCAUUGUCAUCAGUUACUCCAAAAUCUUACAGAUUACAAAAGCAUCAAGAAGAAGUUUAAAUGCUGGUUUAGCCUACUCAGAACAUCAUCAGAUUCGUGUUUCCCGGCAAGACUACAAACUAUUCCGAGCCCUUUUUCUGUUGAUGAUCUCUUUCUUCAUUAUGUGGAGCCCAAUAAUAGUAAUUAUUUUUUUAAUUUUAGUUCAGAACUUCAAAAAAGAUUUAAAUAUUUUGCCAUCGGUUUUCUUCUGGAUAGUGGUAUUCACUUUUGCCAACUCUGCUGUCAAUCCGAUUCUGUAUAAUGUUGCCCAUUUCAGACGUAAAUGUCAGGAAAUUCUUCUCUGUUGUACAGGGAACCCUGAAAGGCAUGGAGCAGGUACAGAAACCACUGCAAGAAGAAGUAACCGUGAACAGCCACAUUUGUCUUUCAUUACCAGAUAA